AUAGUAAUUCAAUGAUUGCAUGAGAUAGGAGUGUUUUAGAUUGCUUCCAUAUUUAACACUAAAACAUAACACUUCGCUAGAGAAAAAGUGCUGGUUAUAUAGGAUUUGUGUACCUACAUAUUUGGACUUGAUAACGAGAUGGCUUCCGCAAAUGAUUCCAAAUGGCAGAAGGAUGCUGCAGAUCAGAACUUUGACUACAUGUUCAAACUUUUAAUCAUUGGAAAUAGUUCUGUUGGAAAGACUUCAUUCUUGUUUAGAUAUGCUGAUGAUUCGUUUACAUCAGCAUUUGUUAGCACAGUUGGCAUAGAUUUUAAAGUAAAAACAGUAUUCCGACAAGAUAAACGGGUCAAAUUACAGAUAUGGGACACAGCCGGCCAGGAGCGAUAUAGAACUAUAACUACAGCAUACUACAGAGGAGCUAUGGGCUUUAUACUAAUGUAUGAUGUAACUAACGAGGAAUCUUUUAAUGCUGUUCAAGAUUGGUGCACACAAAUCAAGACAUAUUCCUGGGACAAUGCACAAGUUGUAUUAGUUGGUAACAAAUGUGACUUAGAAGAUGAAAGAGUGGUUUCAACAGAGCGAGGAAAACAACUGGCUGAUCAGUUAGGUCUGGAAUUUUUUGAAACCUCAGCAAAAGAGAACAUCAAUGUUAAAGCCGUCUUCGAGCGCUUGGUGGAUAUAAUAUGCGAUAAGAUGUCAGAAAGUCUGGACUCAGACCCCACCCUUGUAAGCAGCCAGGCAAAGGGUACACGACUGACAGAGAAUCCAAAUCCGCAGGCUUCUGGAUGCCAAUGUUAACAAUUCACACACUGUCAAAACUCAUAUGUAGAAAAAGAAAGGUUAAGAUGACGUAGUGAAUAUGCAUACUGACUGUUAUUGUAAAGCCACUGUAGAGAGAAAUCAUGCAUAAAAAUUGUCAUGAUCAUUAUCUACAUUUUACCAUAGAGUGUUAUGAACAAGUUUUCAUUCACUGCUGUCAAAAAUAUUUACACUAGGUUUUUAUGAAACUUCAUGAAAAGCCACUCUAUUUCAGAAAAAAAUGUUUUCACAAACCAACCAGAAAAUGUAGGGAAGGAUUUCUUGGUGAAUAUAGAAACCGGGACAUAUUUUGCACACAAAAAAAGUAAAACUUAAUUGUUUUAUUAAGUAAAUUGAGACAAAAAGCGGACAGUGAAAUGUAAAAAUGUAGAAAUACAUAUUCUGCUUGAUAUUAAACUGUUGAACAAAAUAAUGUGUACAAUAUUUUUAAGGUGGUGAAUGUAAUCACUUACAAAUUGAUAGUUAAACUAUUCUACAAAUUUGUAUUUUGAAAGUUUUUUUUCAUGAAAGUCUUUAUGUAAAUGAUACGUUCUUCAGAACAUUGUUACAUUAUGCUACAUAAUAUCAUGUUAGUCAUUUAAUAGGCUUUUAUACCAGUGCAAGGUAUAGAUUUGUAUAAAAGUUUAAAGUAGCUUUUCUUUGAAUUAUAAAAAUAAAACAUGUUUGAUACUAAUCUGCAGAAUACAUGAUCAAUACUUUUUUGUCAUCUGUACUGUAUAGAAUAUGUAUCAUGUAACCAUUAUUAUAAAUGCCCAAUAAUUUUUUCUGUUGUGUAUCAAGUCAAUAACCUGAUAACAAAAUCAGCCCUGCUCAUAUUAACAGACUAUUUUUUACGUCUAUUCCAUUGCGAAUUCCAACAAUGUCAUAGCUCAACUUACUGAAGCUAGUUGAAAAAGUUACUUACUGCCACACUACAAAAUGAACUUCUACAUUUUACCUCAGUAGAUAAUAUGGAAGGGUACGCUAACUGCCUUUACAGUGUUGUGACCAUGUCACUUGGUUUGCACACGAUUGCCCGAUUAGCACCAGUGAUUUGCGUAACUUUGAAGACAGCAGGGGCAGAUAACUUACAAAUCAGUCUGAUAUGAAUGGAUUAUUUUUACAUCAGAGAGUAAGUUUUAUGAAAUAGAAUACCGAAAUAUAUUGUUCCCUGCAGGUUAUAAGGGUUACUUGAUCAAUAGAAUAACAGACUACUGUCUUUUGAUAUCAAUUUUCUCAAGCUCAGCAGAUAUAGAGGGAAGGGAUUUGGAAAACCUCACCAGUCCAGCUCAGUCUCGCCUGAUAAAAUUAAUAGCAGAAGACAAUAAUGUGUUCGUUGUUUUCUAUAUACUUAUGUUUGAAAUUUAGAAAUUGUAGAAAAAAAUUUCAAGUCUUGUUCAGGUUAGAACAAAUACUGUUAUAGACUUUAGAUGAACUUAUUAACUAAUUAAAACAUGUUCAGUUACAUUACUCAUUCAUCUUACUUGUGUUAGGUAUAUGUGUAUAUACUUUUAUUUUCAAUGUUACAUUAUUGUGCAUGGAACAUGUUCUUAAUUGCUUUUAGUUUCAAAAUAUACAUAUUUCUUGUUAGUACUUCUUCUACAUUAUAACAUUUAUUGAUUUACAUAAUAAUACAAAGUUUGAUAGAACCUGCAUGUAAGUAUAACUUGUCAUUACAAAACAAUAAAAAGUCUGCCAUGUUGGCUUCUAACGUAAUUUCUUAGCCAUAACUUGGCGAUUACCACUUAGAAUAAUAUAUAAUGUUGACUUGAAGGGAAGUAUAUGAAAGACUGUGCUUUAGGAAGCCACAGAAAUGAAGACUGCAUUGUGGGUUUUACAAUCUGCCUUGUUUAUAAAACUAGGGGUAAACAUCUAUCUUAUAUAAUGAUACUUGAAAUUUGCCAGAAAAAUGUGUUUGCAUCAUUGUUAAACAAUUGGUAUUGGAAACAAGUAAAUGAGCCGCGCCAUGAGAAAACCAACAUAAUGGAUUUGCGACCAGCAUGGAUCCAGACCAGCCUGCGCAUCCGCGCAGUCUGGUCAGGAUCCAUUCUGUUCACUUUUAAAGCCUAUUGGAAUUGAUGAAACUGUUAGCAAAGCCACUAUGUUGAUUUUCCCAUGGCACGGCUCAAAUAAUAAUAUGCAAAAUCAGCUGAUAUUUAAUUAAGCAUCUUUAAGGUAUGCCAAUGAAAAAAGACUUCAUUAUUUAGCAGUUAGAUUUCAGAAACUGUUGUGAUGUUACUGCAUGCAAUUGUUGAGAACACAUGUAUACUACAGAGGUUACAGUUUACUGACAGAAACAUAAUGGGGAUCAUUUACUCUGUUUAUAAAUGGGUACCUUCAGGCUGGAGACUGAUACGGCCUACAUUGAACAUUCCACUAAUACUUUUAACAUAUUUUGCUUUUAUUAAUUCUCAACAAAGUUAAAUUUAAAAUAGUUUGUAAUCUUAUCAUUUGUCAACCUUAUCCUGAAGUCAAAAAUUUCUUUCAAGAAGACAGCAAGCAUUGUGUUAUAUUUUAAAUAUGAAGUUGAAUUUUGUUCACUCAAAGGGAUCUUACAAAUUUGAGCCAUCCUUUGUUUAUGGGUUAGUAGAUAAUUGGCUCAGGCUUACUGGAGAUAUAGCCAUAAUCAUUCAAAUAUGCUAUCUUACAUGUUGAGUGUAGUUUAUUUAGAAAUAAUGUUUAAGAAAAGCAAAAUAUUUCAGAAAACAGUGCUUCAAUCAACCAUACCCAAAUUGUUUUUUUUUUUGUGAUCUUAUUUUUAUGGAGAGAAAUUGAACUGUAUUUAUUAUGAACUUUACGCAUGCUGUUUUGUUCAUUCUGACUGAAAUGGCGUCUAAUACCAAUUUAUUGUCGAGCCUGCUUAGUCGUCACUUUUAGCGGGUCUGUGUAUUUGCGUGCGUGCAUCCGUCUGUCCGAUUUUGUCCGGACCAUAACAUUGACAUGCAUGGACCAAUCCUGUUUAUAUUUGGCAUGAAUGUUAACCUCAAUGAGAAGGAGUGUCGUGCACAAACCCCAUGUUCCUAUCUCUUUUAAGGUCAAGGUCAUGGAGGUCAAAGGUUAAAUUGAAGUUUGUCUGGAGCAUUUCUUCUUCAUGCAUGGUGGGAUUUUGAUGUAACUUGGCAUGAAUGUUCACCAUUAUGAGACAGAGCAUCAUGCGCAAGAACCAGGUCCCUAGGUCUAAGGUCAAGGUCACACGUAGACAGCUGGCAGGCUCAGCACUGCCCAUGGGCAUACUUGUUUAGAAAAUUACUUCAGCACUGAACAUUUUACAGCUUGUUGAGAUACCAUUUUUAAUGGCCCACAGAUCAUUGCAAUAUUUUGCAACUUGUUGAGAUAUUGUUCCAGUGGCUGGCAGAUCACUGCAACAUUUUACAGCAUGCGGAGAUAUCAUUAUAAAGGCCAAGCAGGUAGACUGGUUGUGUUCAGUUUACAAUAUUGCUCUUAGAUUUGUCCAUUUUUCCCAGAUUUAGACUUGUGAUUAUACUAUUAGGUACAAUGAAAUAAUGAUUAUUUAAUGAAAGAAGCUUAGAGUUAAUAUACAUAAAAAGUUGUUGUGAAUAUAUAUUUUAGAAAAUUUCUGAUAUAGUGCAAUAUUGUGUUGAUAGCAUAUACUUAGUGCAAAAAUUAACAUAUUUACAUUAAACUAAAGGUUCACAACUUUACAUACUGCAGUGUAUAUAAUUAUAUAGUGUGUUCAUUAUUGUGAAAAGCAGAGAGUAUCAUAACUGUUGUAAUAGACCCACAUAGACCCAUGUCUCAUAUUAUUGUUAAACGUAUGCUAAUGCACAUUUUACAAAACGGUAUACUUAUUAUUUCUGUUGAUUAAUGAUCUGUGCAAGAGAGAAUGUUAUACCGGUAAUAGAAAUUGUUUAUUUUGUACCUUGUAAUCUAAGUAUUCUCUUUAGCCUAAAUAUUUAUUUGUUUUCCAACACAGUGACUUAGACGAAACAUUUUCAAAAGCAGAAGUUGUUUAUUAAGGCAGUUAUGGUUCUACUGCUUAACAUAUAUAUUAUAUGUGUUUGAACACCAUUCCAUUCAGCUGGUGUGGGACCAAAAAAUUAAAUUCCUGUACAAGUUUUAGUUCAUUUUUUGUAUACAUGCUGUAUUACAUAUAUUAAAGCAUGACAUUCCAUACUUGUACAUUCGGUAUUUAUACAUAUGAGCCGUGCCAAGAGAAAACCAACAUAGUGGUUUUGCGACCAGCAUGGAUCCAGACCAGCCUGCGCAUCUGCGCAGUCUGGUCAGGAUCCGUGCUGUUCGCUUUCAAAGCCUAUUGUAAUUAGAGAAACACUUAGCGAACAGCAUUGAUCUUGACCAGACUGUGAGUAUGCGCAGGCUGGUCUGGAUCCAUACUGUCGCAAACCCACUAUGUUGGUUUUCUCAUGGCAUGGCUCAAUUAUAUUUAUAUAUAUUAUUAUGUCUGUUAUACUGUUUGUAGUGUUUUUAUUAAGAAAGGAGUGAGUGAAUUGAUAACCUUGUUAACCUACAGUAGUGAAUAAUUCAUGUCAGUAUCUAGUUAAAACUUGCAGUAACAUGUUCUCUUUAAAAUUUAAUUAAAAUCUCCAAGUUGAUUACAAUACUGUGAUUCCAUUUCACAUUUUUUGGUACAUUUAAUUGGGGAAAAAAAUCAAAAGUUGAGGUUUAUAUUUUUUGUGCCAUAAUUUCAAGCUACACAUGAUUGUUUUCCUGACAGGACCUUUUCAUUGCAAAAAAAUAAGAUUGUUUGUUGCUAGAGUAUAAAUACUUAGGAUGCAGGGUAAUAAAUCUUAUUCUACAGUACAGUGAUAAGGAUACCAAGUCUAACAUAUACAUUUCUUUGCACAGAGGUCAGCUUACAAGGGCUAGCAAUUUACAGCCGUCAUGGGCCCAUUCCUUGCUUUUGAAAUUAUAAGAAAUCACUGCAUACAUAUUACUUUCAUGACUCGUUUAGACAGGUUGAGAACUGACAUUUGGGUAACUCAAUUGUAACUGAGAAGUAGUUACAAUAUUAUACACUUCAACUGUCCUUGAAGCAUUUUCUGUCAUAUAUGUAUUCAUUCACUCAUAUAUUACCUAAAUGCCAAAGGAAACAUGCAUAAGUCUGCCAGUUAUAGUUGUCUCCCUUUCAUUGAUUUUACUGUUCCUUCUGUAGCCAUGGCAUUUAUAUGUAUACAUCUCAGCUAGACAUAAAAGCAAUAAAUAUUGUCAAAUGUAAUACUGGUAACCCGCAGAUACAUUAAACUGUAUUGAACUGUACACACAAUAUCAUGAAUAUUCAUUAAUAUAUUUCUACAUUAGUUACUUCUAGUGCAAAUACUUUAUAAGUGUGAAUCAUUUAGAAUAAUUGAUGUUAUUGUUUCUUUGCUUUAUAAUGAGAAAUCCAUAUUAUUUUGUUAUAAUUUUUUCAUAAAUUCUAUCCAUUUCAAAGUUUAUUUGGUUGUGUUUUUUGUUGAUUUUUUCUUUUUCAUAAUUUUGCCUUUACAAUACUUUUUUCCAGCAAUUUACAAAAAUGCAUUUACAUAUAUUUAUAUUAUAUUUAGUUGUUACCUAUAUUUUCCAGUUUGUUAUCUUGCAAUUAUAAAUUGUAAACAGAGAAUUUUAGAUGCAGCAAUUUCAGAUCUAGUCUGUACGAUAUUUCAGAAUAUGUUGUGAACAGAUUAUUUCAGUUGUUUUUGCAAUCACAUAUGUCCUUCACAUUAUAUCUGUGUAUUUUCUUUCUCUAAUUUGUUUAUGGUGUGCUUUUAUAAUUCGUGAUUGUUUUGCAUUCUUAGAAAAUCUCAGAAGAUACUUGUUUUGCAAUUGCUUGUAUCAGAUUUGUUUUUUUUUUAUACUUCUGUACUAUAAUGAUUUGGAAAUUCUCCUGCAGAUAUUUUGUAUUUUGCACAUCAUGGAGACAAACUGUCUGUAAAAGAUAAACGUAAGUUGAGAACAGAGACAUGCUUGAUAAAUCGUUAUGGUUACUUUUGUCUGUGAUUUUGGUGGAGGCGAGUGAUGUCAGUUAUAUUUGAAAGGUUUAUAUGAAUCUCAAAUUUAUUGCUGCUGGAAUAUACAGUUGUGAGAAAUUAUUUACACACUUAUAUUUGUUCUACAAUUACUUUCAAAUCACUUAUAAGUCUCAUUAGGUGUAUUUUCUCUAUUUUAAAUGUGUUCAUUGAACAUUUAUGCCCCCUACCUGAAAUCCUCUCGUGUUCCUUGUAAACAAACAUAGUGUAAUAGCUCAUCACAAAAUGUGAUAGAAGGUGUUUUUAUGUUGUCAUGUGUGUUUCACAGUCUAAACUUUCAUCUUGUGUUGCUUUUUUCAGUUUAUCAAGAGUGUAAAAUUCAGUGUGUAGUAACCAUUGCUGAUUGUGCAGGAUCUUUCAAAAUACAAUGAUAGAGUUGAAUUUGAAUAUUCUAAGAUUGGAUUUUUAAGCAAGGUGAAAUAAUGAGUUUUGUGUCUAUCUUUUUCUGUAAAGACAUAUUGUAUUUAGUCAACUGAUUGUGUUUUACUAUACGCUCUGUUUCUCAGAGUUGUGUCUUUGUUGUAUUUUCUGUGAUUGUCUCAUUUUGUAUGUAGACGUUUGAUGCAAAGUUUGGGAGCCCUCUUACUUAUAUUAAUGACUUGUAAAUAUUGAAAAAAUCUAGUAGGUUUGUGUGAUUGCUGAUAAUAUCCGACAUGUAUCUUGAAGACAUAGUUUAGGAUCUGUGAGUAUAAACAUGGCAUAAAAUACCUAUCUUUGUUUAAAAAGUUUCCUUAAUUCAAAGUAAAUACAACAAAAAUGCUUAAAUGUCUUCUGAAAAAAAUGAUAUGCAAUUUUCUUUUAGUAGAUCAGUGUUGAAAACAAAUAUUGUUGUACUUUUGCUGUAGUUUUCACAGAAUAAUUGUUGUUUUUAGCUCACCUGUCACAAAGUGACAAGGUGAGCUUUUGUGAUCGCGCGGUGUCCGUCGUCCGUCCGUGCGUCCGUAAACUUUUGCUUGUGACCACUCUAGAGGUCACAUUUUUCAUGGGAUCUUUAUGAAAGUUGGUCAGAAUGUUCAUCUUGAUGAUAUCUAGGUCAAGUUCGAAACUGGGUCAUGUGCCUUCAAAAACUAGGUCAGUAGGUCUAAAAAUAGAAAAACCUUGUGACCUCUCUAGAGGCCAUAUAUUUCACAAGAUCUUCAUGAAAAUUGGUCAGAACGUUCACCUUGAUGAUAUCUAGGUCAAGUUCGAAACUGGGUCACGUGACAUCAAAAUCUAGGUCAGUAGGUCAAAUAAUAGAAAAACCUUGUGACCUCUCUAAAGGCCAUAUUUUUCAUGGGAUCUGUAUGAAAGUUGGUCUGAAUGUUCAUCUUGAUGAUAUCUAGGUCAAGUUCGAAACUGGAUCACGUGCGGUCAAAAACUAGGUCAGUAGGUCUAAAAAUAGAAAAACCUUGUGACCUCCCUAGAGGCCAUAUAUUUCACAAGAUCUUCAUGAAAAUUGGUCAGAACCUUCACCUUGAUGAUAUCUAGGUCAAGUUCGAAACUGGGUCACAUGCCAUCAAAAUCUAGGUCAGUAGGUCAAAUAAUAGAAAAACCUUGUGACCUCUCUAGAGGCCAUAUUUUUCAUGGGAUCUGUAUGAAAGUUGGUCUGAAUGUUCAUCUUGAUGAUAUCUAGGUCAAGUUCGAAAGUGGGUCACGUGCCAUCAAAAACUAGGUCAGUAGGUCAAAUAAUAGAAAAACCUUUUGACCUCUCUAAAGGCCAUAUUUUUCAUGGGAUCUGUAUGAAAGUUGGUCUGAAUGUUCAUCUUGAUGAUAUCUAGGUCAGGUUCGAAACAGGGUCCUGUGCGGUCAAAAACUAGGUCAAUAGGUCUAAAAAUAGAAAAACCUUGUGACAUCUCUAGAGGCCAUACUUUUGAAUGGAUCUCCAUAAAAAUUGGUCAGAAUGUUCACCUUGAUGAUAUCUAGGUCAAGUUCGAAAGUGGGUCACGUGCCAUCAAAAACUAGGUCAGUAGGGCAAAUAAUAAAAAAACGUUGUGACCUCUCUAGAGGCCAUACUUUUCAUGGGAUCUGUAUGAAAGUUGGUCUGAAUGUUCAUCUUGAUGAUAUCUGGGUCAAGUUUGAAACUGGGUCAACUGCGGUCAAAAUCUAGGUCAGUAGGUCUAAAAUUAUUAAAAUCUUUUGACCUCUCUAGAGGCCAUAUUUUUCAAUGGAUCUUCAUGAAAAUUGAUCUGAAUGUUCACCUUGAUGAUAUCUAGGUCGGUUUUGAAACUGGGUCACAUGCGGUCAAAAACUAGGUCAGUAGGUAUAAAAAUAGAAAAACCUUGUGACCUCUCUAGAGGCCAUAUUUUUCAUGAGAUCUUCAUGAAAAUUAGUGAGAAUGGUCACCUUGAUGAUAUCUAGGUAAAGUUCAAAACAGGGUCACGUACCUUCGAAAACUAGGUCAGUAGGUCAAAUAAUAGAAAAACCUUGUGACCUCUCUAGAGACCAUAUUUUUCAAUGGAUCUUCAUGAAAAUUGGUUAGAAUUUUUAUCUUGAUAAUAUCUAGGUCAAGUUCAAAACUUGGUCACAUGAGCUCAAAAACUAGGUCACUAUGUCAAAUAAUAGAAAAAACAACGUCGUACUCAAAACUGGGUCAUGUGGGAAGAGGUGAGCGAUUCAGGACCAUCAUGGUCCUCUUGUUAUUAGGUCAGAAAUGAUAUGGUAACUCUUUGCAGAUUUGACACCGAAAGUGUAAAAAGUACCUGGUUAUAUACGGGUAACUAUUCAUUUUAACUGUUCUUUUUAACAACGAACAUACAUGUUUGGAAUUUAUGAAUGAGUAAAUAGAAAGGUUAAAGUGGCAUGCUUAAUGCUGUUUCAUGAUAAAUGUUUGGAAUACUAAAUUUAUGGAGUACUUUAAAACAGAAGAUAGCCUUGACUUCAGUAGAUGUAGACUGUAUGGAAAUCAAUACUGGUAUUUUCCUUGUAGUAAAUUCACACUGUAAUUUACAGACAGUAUCUAGGUUAAAGCACUGUAUAGCUGUGUAAUGUAUUCAUUAUGUAGAUUUUUCAUGACUGUACAUGUACAUUGUUCUGUUUUACAUAUAUUAGAUAUAUUAGUGAGAGUGAAAUCAUAAAUAAAAGUUGAUGGUUAGCA